CCGUGAGGCGAGGCGGGGCCGUGAGGCGCGGGCCGGAGGCGGGCGGCUCGGCCAUGGAGGCGCCCUCGGUGUCCUCGGUGCCGGCCGCCUCCGCUUCGGGGGCGCCGGCGGGGCGAGGGCCCAUCAAGGGCAUCCUGAAGAAAGGUGGCGGGAAGGCGGCGGGGGGCAGCGCGGCCACCGGGGCCAGGCGGGCCAGCCCGGCCCGCGACGACGACGAGCACGGAAAAAAAUCCCAGAAGUGGGAUGAAAUGAACAUCAUAGCUACGUACCACCCAGCAGGCAAAGACUAUGGCUUGAUGAAAAUAGAUGAACCUAGUACUCCGUAUCACAGCAUGGUAGGAGAUGACGAUGAAGAUGCAGUGAGUGAUUCAGAAUCAAACGAGCCCUUAAAAGCAGAUGUGUUGAGUAAAAAACUGGCAGCUGCAGCUGAAGGUAGGGGACCUAAGAUUAUAGCAAGGCUAGAGGAAAGCAGUGAGGAGGAGGAUGAGGAUGAAGAAUUAACACCUGAAGAACGAGAAAAAAAGAAGCAGUUUGAAAUGAAGAGAAAAAUGCAUUACAAUGAAGGACGAAACAUCAAACUGGCAAGACAGCUCAUCGCAAAAGAACUACCUGCUGAAGAUGAUGAAGAGAUGUGUGAUGCUGCAGAUGUAGAAACGAUGAAUACAGAAGCUACUGAACAUGGGGAAAGGAGGGCUCCAAUAGGCAACCUUAGGACCUUUCUCCAUGGCUUGAAGCUGCCAUCUCUCUGCACUCUGCUGUAAGACAGAGGCAACUCCGCUCCCCAGCUGCAUUCUCCAGUGGACUGAAGGCACACCUUUGCAGCAUUUUUCCAUCUUUAUUGUUGAAGUCCAUUCCACCUUGCCUCAUAACCAACUUCUGAACCACAACUGAAUGAGAUUUCUUGCUGAUUGAAAUGAAGAUGACCAGUCCAGUCAGUAAUGCACAUGCUACUCAAGACCAGCUGGAAGGUAGAACACACAGCAUAGAAGAAAUCUGUCCAGAACUGUAACUGCUUGUCAAAGACACAAAUAUAAACACUGCUUCAUGAUUUUUGCUAUUAAGGCUCUUAAAUAUUGAGAAGCAUAUCAGUUACAAUGUUGUAUUGCCAAGAACGUUAAUUUUAGACUUGUCCAUUAGGCAGAAAAAAAAUCUGUCUAAUUGAUUUAUUCUUGUGCCUAGUAUUUCAUGGAGAAUACUGCUUUAUUAUCUGUUCAACCAGAAUGGCAUUCCCUGUAUGUAUAAUGCUGAUUAUCUUGCGUAAUGUACUGUUACUCUUCAUGCUUCGAAACACAGACACUAUCUCUGUUUUUUCACUAUUUAUUUGACAGUGCUCUAGGUGUGGUAUCCCUUAUGGAAGGGUUUGGGAUUCAAGAGCUAAAUGGUACAGCAUAUAUCAGACUGACACGCAAGCUAUUUAUCAGAUGUAUUAAGCAGUAUAAAAAGGGAUUAUAGAAGUUUUAGAACUUUUUAAAAACAAUUUUGACCUCCUAAUCUAGAUUUCAGUGUAUUAUUACCCAUACUUCCUCAAUCUCUAGAAGAGCUAUAUUUUUCAGACCAGUAUUUGGAAUCAGUUAUUUGCUUCUGACUAAGGCAGUGCUAACAUCUGGUGGAGGGAGUGUCUUACACUGGAAGCGUGCUAACUUGAACUUUGAAUUUAACUCAUUUUCUCUUCCACUGGAUGUUUUUUUUUUUGGAGCUCUCUUGGUUUAUCUUGAGAACAUGAAAGUUCCCUCUGACUUUUCUCUUAAAGCCACAUCAACUGCUAUUCUUACGGCUCUUGCUUCAAGCUUUUGAUCCUUUCCGGUUGCGCGAUGAGUUGUGCUACUAGCACCUGAAGAAAAACACCCAUCCAUAAGGAAAAUCCACAUCAGGACUUGAAGAUGGGCUGAGUUCAGGCUCUGUCUGUUCUUUAUGUGAAGGUAACUGCUGGUGAUCUGCUUGUUUGGGGUUUGUAACCUGCAUACUGAAAACCACUGGUCUAAACCUUUCUGCAUCCAAGUCAGUUACUUACAGCAGCUGCUUUUGCAAAAUGAAAGCUGUUUGGAAGAUUAGAAGGGAAACUGCCUAAUUCAGAUGGGUUGUUUAUGAUGUGGUUGUGUAGCCCUUGUAAUGAGGGUUCUGAGCCUCCACACGCUGUAACCAACUCCCCACGCGGUGGAAUCUGACUGGGGAAUGUUCCGCUGUUCAGAAUAGUUCCCGGGUUUUCUUACACCAACCAAGUACACACUUCAGCUUCAGCUUGAUUAUGGAAUCCAGUGUAUAUCUUAAUUUGGGUCUGAAUUUGGUAUGUUGCAAAAAUCCAUAAUUCUAUGGAUCUAUUUUAAAACGUCUUUGUCCACUGUGUGUGUGAGGUUUGAAUAAAGCCAUGGAAGUUAUUUUACAGUUA